UUACAAAAUUUGUAUAUGUCAAACAAUCAUUUUUGUUUUUUUGGUACAAAUUGUGAUCUCAAUUUGAGUUGGUACUUCACAAACGUCAAAAUUAGAUUCAUCUUUAAAUAUACACGAAUUUCAACUUAAUAUUUGACAGAAAUGAAUGCCAGACAUCACACAGGUGUCAAACCGUACGCGUGUACGUUGUGUACAAAGAGCUUUAGGAAGAAGCGCCACUUGAAGGCGCACAUGAAUUCUCACUCUGGUGUAAAACCGUACACCUGCCAUAAAUGCGGACUUACGUUUCCGCAGAGCUGUAACAUGAGAUCGCACUACAAGAAGUGCGUCGUGAAAAAUCCAACGGAUACCUCGGAAGAUCAGUAAGACUCCUCCCCGGGGUGUUUAAUUUAAAUUUUGAAUUAAAAUUCCAAAAUGUUCAAUAUGAUUGUUUUUGGUUUGGUUGGAUUAGACCGAUUUAUUUAUGUAAUAAAAACUGCCAAUGCAGUACAAAUUUAAUAUGUGAUAUAUUUUUGUAAUAAAAGUAUAUUCAUGUUAUAUUUAUU